CUGGGUGGGGCUGCGGCGACGCACACAGGAAGGGGCGGGGCAUAACACUAAGCCCUCGUGCUGAUCUCGCGAGAGCAUUAGGGGGCGGAAGCGCAAUCAGUGCAGGAUGCGGCUCCGGGUUUCGUUCGUGUUACUGAGCGUCGUGGCAGCGGAGUUGCUGCUCAGUUCUGCUCCAGUCGCCGGAGCAGGCGCUCCAGAGGAAGAUAAGGCUUCUACAGGAAGCUCCGGGAAGCACGGCUUGAUCGCUCAGUCGCAAGAACCCAGUAACCAAACCUCUGUAAACCAGACCGACGCGAAACCCGACACUGGCAAUGCCGGAGCCGACCAGGGCCCGGAGAAAACCAACCCUGACAAUUCGACAGACGAGCUGCGCCUCGGGAGAACCGACGCCGACAAUUCGGUAGCCAAGCAGGGCUCCAAGGAAACUGACCCUGGCGAGUCGCGAACCGAACACCACCCCGAGAGAGCUGACUCUGACAAUUCGGGAGCCAGGCAGCACCUGGAGAAAGCUGGCGAUUCGGGAACCGAACAGCACCCCGGGAAAGCCGACCCUGGCAAUUCCCUCACAGACCAAUCCAACAAGUUGGUCUCCAGCCCCUCUUCUGAUAACAAGGAGUCCACCAAGCUUCAUGUAAACACAGUAGCUGGCAAACCUCUGCAGACUUCCAGAACUGAACCUGGGGAAAAAGUGUUGGCAGACCCCUCUUCUCCCCAGCAGGAGGGAGAAGGUAAGCCCUUAGAACUAACUGAAGAUGUGGAGCCCAAGGAGCCUGAGGAAGGGGAUACAGAGCCAGAGGAAGACGCACCACCCAAAGAAGAGAAAGAAAUGGUUGGCCCUGCCUCCAGGGAGAACCGUGAAGGGACACUUUCGAAUACCUGGAGUAAGAAGAGUGACCUUUAUAAGGAUAACCCUGGAAAUGCCAGUGCAGAGAGCAGCCACUUUUUUGCAUAUCUGGUGACAGCAGCCAUUCUCGUCGCUGUCCUCUAUAUCGCCUACCACAAUAAGCGGAAGAUUAUAGCUUUCGUCCUGGAAGGAAAAAGAUCCAAAGUUACACGGCGGCCAAAGGCCACUGACUACCAACGUUUGGACCAGAAGAUUUGAUUUUUUCUGUUCUUGAGAACCUUGUCCUCCCUGCUGAUUUGUCUCUAAAUCAAGAAUAACGAAGAGAAAAACACUGUGACCUAAGAGACACCCCCUCCUCCAGGGUUUGGUGGCAGGUCGGGGCUAGCAGAGGUGGGGAAGGGGCAUUGCUUUCGUUUUUGCACCUGCACUUUGGUGAGUUUGUCCUCCUGUGUUCCCGUUAUUUAUGCUGGUGUCUUCCAGGCUGUCCCCCUCUGAGUGUGAGUGGCGGAGCAUGUGGGCACCCAGCUGUGACCAAAGGGAGAUCCUGGCCCUGGGUAGGUGCCCUGCCUGGGGCCUUGGCUUAAAGGUGGUUAGCCCUUGAAAACACCAUUGCACUCAACACUAUUUACCUUCGAGGGCCUAGGAGAAAACUGCAGGUUAAGGCCCAUUGCUCCCAAGGCCUUUUCCUUUGUGGGGAUGUGUACCCCACAAAAGAUAGAGAAGAUGGUAACUGCUGAUGGCCUCAGGGCUCUUGUGAAAACGAUUCUCUUCAAAGUCUCCAGCAGCAAACCAAAACGGGUUUUCUUGCCCUCGAGUCCAGCCUGCCUAGUGCAAGCUCUUCAUGCUCUUCUGACAGUUUCAUAUCACUUAAGACAAAGUGAAUCCAGUUGCAUUUAGUUGUACUGAGCAGAAAACUGAACUUGGGGAUUCUGGGAGGAAAGCUUAAAGCCACUGUUCCCUGUCACAGAUGUUUUAAAAAUAACAGUUAACGAUAUCGAAACACUGUGUUUAUGCCUGCUUACCACCCUUACAAGAACUUUUUGAAGUAGAGUGAGUUCAUGCUUUGAAAGCAUGUAGGACUGUUUGGUUUGGGUCUGCAUUUUUUUAAAGGACUUUUAAGAAACAGGCUUCCCACAAAUUCUUAUUUUGCCUUUAUUGCCUAAAAUAUUUGUAUUAUAUUUACAAACUGGUUAUACUCCCUUAUUUACCUAAGUCUAGUUAAGGGUCCUCUUAUCUGAUAUAAAAUGGCAAGGCUAAUUAGUAAAAAUUCCCCCCUCUGUCCCAUGUCAGGUGUUAUUAAAGUUUAAGAAAUUUAGAGAAUUCCCUGGGGGGUAACCAAGGGUAACCUCCUAGAUAAGACCAUUGUUUGAAGUUUCAUUUAAAUGUUGUGCUACCCUAUUAUAGAGAGCCUAAGAGAGUUGUUUCUGCAAAGAAGAUCCUGAAAGAGAAUAGCUAAUCUCAGGGAAAUUCUAAGAAAGUUAAGAAGUGAGAGGAAGAGGGCUGUUGAAGAAGUCUGGUGGAAAAAGGGGCCAUAGUGUUUGCCAUGGUAUCUUCCACCUCACUUAAAACAGCCCAAGACUGAGUGGAGAUUUUCAUCCUCUCCAGGUGACAUUUGUAAAGGUGAGGAAUGAAGACUCUUGACAUCAUCCCCUAAGACCAUGGUUACUUUAUUUCCUUCUCUGUCUCCCUCUUCCCUGCCUUUCUUCCUCCCCUCUGAUGUUGUCUACUUCUGCCUGUCUCCACUGGCACCAUUUUCCUUCCACCUAUGUGUGUGCCCAGAUUCUCUGCUCCCAUCCAUCCUGUUUGUGGUCCAUUCUGCUGUUCAUCUUCUCCAGGAAGUAUAGCUUCCAUUCCCUUGCCAUUCAUCCUCCUCAUAACCUUUACAAACUCAUUAGUCCCUGUCUUUCUGCCAAGAAUGUUUUCCCAGAGGUUCAGAUCACCAAAUCCAGUGGCUUGUUCUCAAAGCUUAGUCCUGUCCUGAACAGAAUUGGACACCUACACCAUCCAAGUUCAGCCUCCCCUCUGUGGUCUCUGUGCCCUGGCUUCUGAGAACUCCUCUGCCUUCCCUGCGCUGGUGGCGGAGAAUGCCUGCAAAGACAGGUCUAUCUGUGUCUCCUCAGAAACUUAUUCAUUCUUUAGCCUCUGGAUGAGUGACGGAUGAGUGACUCCCAAGUUUCUAUCUUCGGCCUAGUUCCCAGAGAACCCUGUCCUGCCGUGUGGUGAACAUUUCAGCUUGUCACACUGUUAUCACUGAAACAAAAUUUCUCUUCUUCUACACAUUAAGCUGCCCCUCUCAAUUGCCCAGUCUUUUUAAUCAUCUUGAGUCCGAGCUGACAUUUUUAUCUCUUGGCACAAAACUCCUAUCCA